CAUUUUCGGUACUACGUGACGUCGGCGUCGUGCGCGUCCAGACGCUGUCAUGGUUAGGAGGAAACUCCUCCCAGCACAAGACACCGCGUUCUGUCGCCUCUUCAGCGCUAUGGUCUCCUGGAUCAUCUCCAGACUUGUGGUACUGGUAUUUGGUACACUAUAUCCUGCCUACUCAUCCUAUAAAGCUGUGAAGUCAAAAGAUGUGAGAGAAUAUGUGAAAUGGAUGAUGUACUGGAUUAUAUUUGCCCUAUAUACGGCUGUGGAAGUGUUCACGGAUAUGUUUCUUUGUUGGAUUCCUUUCUACUAUGAACUGAAGAUAGCCUUUGUGGUGUGGUUACUGUCCCCCUACACUAAAGGCUCCAGCGUACUCUACAGGAAGUUUGUCCAUCCUACCCUUUCCUCUAAAGAAAAGGAUAUUGAUGACUACAUCUGCCAAGCUAAGGACAAAAGCUACGACACGCUGGUGCAUUAUGGGAGAAAAGGGCUGAAUGUUGCCGCCACGGCUGCAGUCAUGGCUGCAGCAAAGGGUCAAGGAGUUCUGUCAGACCGGUUGAGGAGUUUCAGCAUGCAAGAUCUGUCUUCUUACCAGUCGGACCAGGACACCCCCAGCUCUGAGUCUACGCAGCCAAGGGCCACAACAGCAGCCCAGCACCGGACCCGCACCAUGAUGCGCAGCAAGUCUGAAAGCUCCAACAAAGGACAGGAUUUUGACAUGACUGAAUAUGAGGUGUUGGGAUUAGACAAGCCAAAGGAGUUGCUGACACCCGAUCUCUCCUUGCACUGCCCACCCGCUCCCACUCCUCCAGCUCCGCAGCAGCCAGAGGAGGGAGCGAGUGAGGCGCAUCAGGCUCAAGACUCACCACAGCUCAUGUUGAUGAAAAGAAAAGCUCCGGAGCCUCCUCUUAGAGUCUUAAGGCCUCUCACAAGAUCUCGGAGAGCCGUGUCUUCAAACACCGAAGCCAUGUGAACGUGUCGGCCAUGCAGACAGGCGCCUACAGCUGCAAAAAGCAAAACUGACACGCCAAACCUUACGUGACUGCAGCAGCACUGCUUUGGAAUUAGUAUUACCAAAGUGACCUAUAAUGACCUGUGUAUAAAUAUGACCUGGCAAGGAGGACUGCUGGAGUCAGGCUUUUUUGAUCAUGUGUACAGCGUGUUUCAUCUUUAAUUUUGUCAGGCAUGGGCAGGCACCUUGCAUGCGUGUCUGGCCAUGUCAAUAACGUACACUGGGAGGCAAGGUGUUCUCCUGAGCGUAAAGAAAAACAUGUCAUGACGAGCCAAGCAGCACUGAAAUAUUUACCUCUCUUGUAAAGCCUUAAUGCAAGACAUGCAUCACAAGUUAUCAUCAAUCCAUUAUGCACUAUGUGGUGAAUAGAAAUUCAUGCCCACAAUUCCAGAAUUGACCAAAACAAUGUGGAGAAAAAAAGCAAUCAUGUGAAUUUUUCUGUAUUUAUGUGCUGGAUAGAUAUCAGUUUUCAGUCACCUCCACAAGUGCAGCAUUCAUUUUGACUAUUCAGCACGUCUUUUUCGUCCAUUAUUUGCUAUAAAAACGUUUUGUAGUAGUGUCUUUUAAGUAACAGCAUUUUAGGAGAUUGUAGUUGUAUUUGUGCAUUUAUGUCUGCAACAUUUGUCAUCACUGCUUUAUUGCUGAAACUAUACACAGAACUGUAGCUUCUCAGGUGCAAGAGUCCUGUUUACACUCUUCAGCGUGAUGUUGGGGCUACACACAUGGAGUAUACUUUUAAAGGAUGUGAUUAAAAACAACUCUACGGGAAAGUCAUGUGAUUUCCUUCCAUACAGUGGCAUGUGAUCCGACUGCAUGAUAUUUGUCAUUUAGAUUGAAUUUUUAGGUAAACUAUUGUGAAGCUAGCUGUGCACAUUGACUUUUGUUGCUUCCACUAUGCAGGGUAAUCAGUGGAGUUUAUUUUCUGGCAGGCCAGAAUAACAUUUCAAAUGUGAUGUGAGCUAAACGCGUAACAAGAACUGAUAUUAUGACAUGUGGGUUAGUUAAAAAUUCACUUUACAGACAUUAAACAUGAAGAAAAUGUA